AUGUCAAGUAAAUCAGAAGAAGAAUGGAGAGCUAUAUUAUCUCCUCAACAAUUUAAAGUAUUGAGACAAAAUGGUACUGAAGCUCCUCAUAGUGGAGAAUUUGUUAAAACUCCAAAUGAUAAGAGUUUGGUAUAUAAAUGUGUAGGAUGUGAUAGUCCAUUAUAUGAAUCAUCAACUCAAUUCGAUGCCCAUUGUGGUUGGCCAGCAUUCUAUCAAGCAAUUCCGGGAUCCAUCACCACAAAAACUGAUUCAAGUUUCGGUAUGGUUAGAGAAGAAAUGAGAUGUGCUAAUUGUGAUGGACAUUUAGGUCAUAUAUUUAGAGGUGAAGGUUAUAAAACUCCUACCGAUGCUAGACAUUGCGUAAAUAGUAUUUGUUUAAAAUUAGAUAAGAACUAA